AUGUCUUUCGACCGCCUGAAUUCGUUGGAGGCCCAGCCUACCACUAUGCGCAGGGAUGAAGACCCGCAGUACCGCGACGAUCCAGACUUCGAUCAUCUAGCCGAGCAGCUUUCAGAUCAGUUGUUUACAUUGACUUCGAACAUUUCUCGCCUAUCCAACCAGAUCGCACUCCUUGGUACCAAGCGAGAUACAGAGCGCGUGCGCGAACGAGUCCAUAAUCUUCUUGAGGAAACCCGCACGGGCUUUAGAGACGUUGGAGACGGGAUUAAGCGGAUCCAGACUUGGGAAGAUGUUAAUCCCUCUCAGAAAUGGACACAACAAAAGCUAUCGUCCGAAUUCAAGGCUACCUUGGACGAAUUCCAAACAAUUCAACGUCGGGCACUCGAGAAACAGCGCGCUUCUGCAGUUGCUGCACGCACGGCGUUUGAAGAAUCUGAGCAACCAUCCACUGAGAACGAUGUCCAGUUACAACAGCAGCAGUUGGAAGCCCAAAAUCGUAUGGCCAACCAGAGCGAAGUGGACUUCCAAGAGUCUCUGAUCAUUGAGCGCGAGACUGAGAUCCGCAAUAUUGAACAGAGCGUGGGAGAGCUGAAUGAGCUUUUCCGCGACGUUGCACACAUCGUUACAGAACAGGGAGGGCAGUUGGAUAUCAUCAGCGAGAACGUUGAGAACGUCACCCAGGAUACCCGAGGCGCCAACGUCGAGCUGCGCAGCGCGAGCAGAUAUCAGAAAAAUGCGCGCAACAGGGCUUGCUGCCUCUUUGUAAUUCUUGCUGUUAUUCUUGCUAUUAUUGUGCUUGCGAUUGUCCUCGGAUAG